UUACUUUUUUUGGAAUAGAUAAACAUUUAGGUUUAGUGACAGAUUUUAUGGAAAAUGGUUCUUUAUUAAAUUAUAUUCGAAAACAUCGAAAUAUUUUUAUUAAAUUAAAUUCAAAAGAUGUUACAUUUAAAUUAAAUUCAUUUUCAAAACAAAUAUUUCAAGCUAUGUUAUUUUUGGAACAACGAUCUAUUAUUCAUAGAGAUUUAGCAGCUAGAAAUUGUUUAAUUAGUCAAGAUGAUAUUGUCAAAGUUGCAGAUUUUGGUUUGACUAAAUUGACUGAAUGUGGUUUAUACAAAGGAACUUAUCGUACACUAUGUGCUGUACGUUGGACAUCACCUGAAGCUAUAUUUUCCUCUCAAUAUACAUCACGUUCAGAUGUUUGGAGCUAUGGUAUUACUCUUUGGGAAAUAUAUUCAUUGGGUGAACGACCUUUUGGUAAUAUGAAUAAUAUGAAUAUUAAAAAUAUUUUAAAAAAUCCAUCAUUAAAUAUAAGUUAUUAUCUUCCACAAUCGCAUCAAUAUAUUUAUGAUAAUAUAUAUGAUUAUAUAAUUCGACCUUG